CAUUCAGAUCCAUAUAUUUGACCUCCGUCUCCCAGAUGUGACGGUCAGCUAUAGAUGCCGCCCCAAGGUCAGCUACUUGGGUCAAUCAGCGGUCACCGAGUCAUCGAUACAAUCCAUAGGCUAUUCCAGGUGCACCUUCUCUAACUCCCUAGGACAGGAAGCAUGACAAAGUUGGUUGUUCUCAUCCUCGGGGCUGGUAACGCAGCCCAUGUGACAGCAGGUCUCACAGCAUCUCGCGAGAACACAGAAGCGAGAAUACUAACCCUUUUUAAGGACGAGGCAGAGAGAUGGACGAAAGUUAUGGGGGACGAAGGCUUGACCAUAAACCUGCAUGAAAGUGUUGGGGAUGUCACUGUAAAAUCUAAACCAGCUCUCAUAACCAAGAAUCCAGCCGAAGCUAUCGAGGGCGCUCACAUGAUUAUAUUUUGUGUGCCAGCAUUUACACAUCAAGGGUAUUUCGAAGCCAUUGAACCAUACAUAAAACCAAACACAAUACUUGUUGGUUUCCCUGGGCAACCUGGUUUUGAGUUCCAAUGCUUAGACAUCCUGAAGGACAAAGGUAGAAAAUGUCCAAUUCUUAACUUUGAAUCCCUACCCUGGGCAUGUCGGAUAAAUGAAUUCGGAAAGAGCGCCACAGUUCUUGGUCUAAAAGUUCACCUUCAGGGUUCCAUCCUUAAGGGAAACAGCAAUCCAGAUAAAGAUCCUUGCGAGGUUCUUCAAGCUGUUAUUGGCCCAGAGACAAAACUGGAAGUCGGCAAGCACUACCUAGCACCAAUCCUGGACACAAAGUCGAUAGUUCAUCCACCAAUAAUGUACGCCAAAUGGAGAGACUGGGACGGACGGCAGUUGUCUGAGAAACCGCUUUUCUAUCAAGGCUUAGACGAGACUCAGAUUAAGUAUCUAAGUGGCAUCAGCGAUGAGUGUGUUGCAGCAGCCCGUGCGAUCACAGCCAAACGUCCAGACAUAGACCUCUCAGGAGUAGUCCAUCUUCAAGACUGCUACAGAGUGGACUACAAGGACACAAUUGGUGACCCAACAAGCCUUUUCACGAUCAUGAAAUCCAAUUCUGCCUACGAUGGUUUAGUCCACCCCAUGGUUGAUGAACCAGAUGGUAAGUUCUCCCCCAACUUCAGAUACCGCUAUCUAGUGGAGGAUGUCCCUGAUGGCAUAGUGGUAACCAAAGGCAUUGCACUGAUUGCUGGGGUACCAACUCCCUACCACGAUGAGGUUCUGGCGUGGUGUCAGAAGAAGCUGGGUAAGGAGUACCUGGUGGGAACUGAUCUGACUGGCAAGGAUAUAAAGGAGACCAGAUGUCCUCAGAAGUAUGGAUAUAACACCAUUGAGGAUCUGCUCAGCAUUAAGUAGGCAUACAAUACACGAAUAUAGAAUAACCAGAGCCAUGCUUAUACAUGUAUUUCUGUUGACGUGGAUCUAGGAACUUGAAACGUCUUGUCCUCAAGGAGGGGAUAUUAUCACAUUUGAGGUUUGUUCGGUUCUUACCUCCGUGGUAUAGUUAGAUAUAUAACAACAGAUUCAGAUGCUGUCGCUCUGGCUUCUACUCAUACGACAGUAUGAUUGUCUCGGAGAGCGGUAACGUGUUUCUUCAACCCCAAUAACCACUAUGAACUCGAGAUGAACUACCUCAAUUCCCUCUGUGAAGCCCAAGACGACAUGAACUACCUCAAUUCCCUCUGUGGAUCCCAAGCCGACGUGAACAUCUUCAAUUACCUCUGUGGAACCUAAAACGAGAAGAACUAGCUCAAUGGCCCCCUGUGAAACGGGACGCAAUUAGCUUCCUCGAUUACCUCUGUCGAACUAAAACUACGUUUGUUAUCUCGCCUUUCAUUGUGAAUCUAAGGCAGCAAUAAUAUCUUGCUGAUGAUUUACCUUCUGUGUAACCACGAGGGUGGUCCAAACUUAAAGCCAAGCUCCUGUAUAGUAUAAGUUGCAGCAGGAUCACGAGGGGUACAUGGGUUUUUUACACUACUGUCUAGAAGUUCAUUCCCAUUACACGCAUGGGGCCACUCAUAUGUAACCCGUCCGCCACGCGUUUGUACCCGAUAGACAGUCAGGCAGAUAGAUAUUAUAAAAUUAUUUUAGUCUUCGCUGUACCCCAUUACUACAAUAAAAUCACACCUUUGGGUUAAACUACAUAGGCCA